AUGGAAGCUAAUAUUCAUAGAAACAGCACUGAUAAUUUAGAGGAGUUUAAAAAUUUUGUAGAGCCCCUGACUUGGCCUCGGCCCAGGUACAACGUGGACUCCAAAACCAACAUCUCCAAACCGGAUUUCCUGGGACAAGCGUUCCUGGCCCUGGGAGAGGUGAUUGGAGGCCAGGGCAGCCACAUAGAGCGAACCCUCACGGGUGUAGCAGGCAAGAAGUGUGGGACCAUAUUGCUGACUGCAGAAGAGCUUAGCAAUUGUCAGGACAUUGCCACCAUGCUGCUGUGUGCCAACAAGCUGGACAAGAAGGACUUCUUUGGGAAAUCAGACCCCUUCCUUGUGUUCUACAGGAGCAAUGAAGAUAGCACAUUCACCAUCUGCCACAAGACAGAGGUUGUGAAAAACACACUGAAUCCUGUGUGGCAGCCCUUCAGCAUCCCUGUGCGGGCUCUGUACCAUGGAGACUAUGACAGAACAGUGAAGACUGAUGUGUACGACUGGGACCGGAAUGGAAGCCACGAUUUCACUGGGGAGUUCACCACCAGCUACCGGGAGCUCAGCAAGGCCCAGAACCAGUUCACAGUAAAUGAGGUACUUAACCCUCGGAAGAAAUGUAAGAAGAAGAAAUAUGUCAACUCGGGAACUGUGACGCUGCUCUCCUUCUCUGUGGACUCUGAGUUCACUUUUGUUGAUUACAUCAAGGGAGGGACACAGCUGAACUUCACAGUAGCUAUUGACUUUACAGCUUCCAAUGGGAAUCCUCUGCAAUCUAUCUCCCUGCACUACAUGAGUCCCUACCAGCUCAGCGCCUAUGCCAUGGCCCUCAAGGCAGUGGGAGAGAUCAUCCAGGACUAUGACAGUGACAAGCUCUUCCCAGCUUAUGGCUUUGGAGCCAAGCUGCCCCCAGAGGGACGGAUCUCCCACCAGUUCCCCCUGAACAACAAUGAUGAGGACCCCAACUGUGCGGGCAUUGAGGGUGUGUUGGAGAGCUAUUUCCAGAGCCUGCACACAGUGCAGCUCUAUGGGCCCACCUACUUUGCUCCUGUCAUCAACCAAGUGGCCAGGGCUGCAGCCAAGAUCUCUGAUGGUUCCCAGUACUAUGUUCUGCUCAUCAUCGCUGAUGGAGUCAUCUCUGACAUGACGCAGACCAAGGAGGCCAUCGUCAGCACCUCCUCACUGCCCAUGUCUAUCAUUAUCGUCGGUGUAGGACCAGCCAAGUUUGAGGCAAUGGAAGAGUUGGAUGGUGAUGAUAUGCGUGUGUCCUCUGGGGGAUGCUACGCAGAGCGGGACAUCGUUCAGUUCGUCCCAUUCCGAGACUAUGUGGACCAGUUGGGGAACCAGGUGUUGAGCAUGGCCCGACUGACCAAGGAUGAGCUGGCUGAGAUCCCGGAGCAGUUGCUGUCCUGUAUGCGUACCAGAGACAUCCAGCCUCGGCCCCCACCCCCUGUCAACCACAGCCCGACUCCAGCUCCAGAGCAGCCCUGAGGAUUCCACAUAUCCAAUGCCUCACAGCCUGCUCACCUGCUCACCCACUGCUUCUGCUUUAAGUCAGAGGCACCUGGAACCCUGGACCUCACUGGGAGGGCCAACUUGGAGGAUUAGUGCUGGCUGACAAGCACUCCGCCUCCUUGCCUGCAGAAGGGCCUGGCACUAUCACCACCUCCCUGCCUUCAUGCCAAUAAUAAAGCUGAUCUUUACUCA